UCUCUCUCUGCCCCCCAAGAUCUCUCUCUGCCCCCCAGGAUCUCUCUCUGCCCCCCGGGCAGGGGCAGCAGGGUCGGACCCAGCUCUGGAGCACCCUCAAGGCCAGAUCGCUGCCAAAGCCGAAGGGAUUCGGGCUCCUGGCGACUCCCACCCCACAGGAUCGCCCCCUGCCCGCGCUGUCCCUGUCCCCAGCGCCAGCUCAGGGACUCGCGGCCCAUCCCGGUGUUUGUCCCGUCCCGGUGUUUGUCCCGUCCCGGUUGGUCCCGGAGCGGGCGGCUCGGAGCCUUUCAUGGCUGCCGGGGCGGCCUUGGCGAACAAAGGGCGCUUUCUUCACCCGCACGGGGCACACAGCACACCUGCCCUGCCCGCCCUGGCACCGCCGCCGGUGCCCCCGGGGCUGGGCGAUUCCCGCUUGCCGGGCGUCAGCAGCGCCAGCAUCCAUCCCAUCCAGUCCCAUCCCAUGGAUCCCAUCCCAUCCCAUCCCAUCCCAUCCCGUCCCUGCCGCCCGCCCAGCGCUGCCGGAGCUCCUCGUCAUCCCCACGAUGCCCAGGGCCGCCUAGAAGCGGGGGAAGGUCCCGAUCGCGCCGCCGCCGCUCCCCGGGCACCCCAAUCCCCGACUCGCCACCCCCGGCUCGCAGCACCGCGGAGCCUCCCGAGCCAAUGGAUCGAAAAGUUCAGCUCCAGCACGAGGAGAGGAACAUCCCCAGGGCUGCCCGGGCGGCUUUGUGCCUCCUGCAGAUCCCGGAGCCGGACCCCUUCAGCCUGUGGGUGUAGGCGCUCCCGCCCGGCCGCGUUCGCCUCUCCCGGAGCCGGUGGCACCGGCGGAGACCGCGCUCGUCCUCGGCCCCGAUGGACCCUGCAGGGACGGCGCUGAGCACCACAUGAGCGCGGCAGCAGCAGCACGGCCAGCGACGCGAGCAUGGGGGAGAGCCCGGCGCGCUGGAGAGGAGCGGCGGAGGCAGCGCAGGACGCGCGGGGGAUGGAGAGCAGCUCGGCCAUGCUCCUGUCCCGGAGCGCCGGGGCCGAGCUGCGCCUCCCCGCCUACCCAGAGCCCGGCAAGCUGAGCUACACCCUGGAGAAAGGCUGGAGGAGCUCCGAGGGGCGCUUGGGAGCCGGUGCCCACCUGGGCUGCCCCUACCCGCGGGGCGCCGAGGACGGAGCGGAGCUGCCCCCGCUGCUGCCCCCGCGGAACGGGCAGCCCAAGGGGGGCUGGGGGGAGCCCUGCGAGGAGCCGCGCUGGGCCGAGGCCGUGCUGGCCCCGCUGGCGCUCUACAGCCACUCGUACCACCGCUACCACCCCCUGGCAGUGCCCGGCAAAGCCCGCGACGCGGCCGCAGAGCCCCCGGCCUCCUUCCAGCACUGCCCUUUCCUCGUCGAGGCCAAGCACAGCCCCUUCCUGCUGUCCCCCGCCUUCGAGGGGCCGGGCCCGCUGGGGAACGGGCGCUUCGCCGGCCCGGAGUGGAGUCUGGGCUCCUACGGGCCCGCGUGGGGCCAGCCCCUCUACCUGGGGGUCCCGCCGAGCUGCAAAGCGGCUCUGCCCCCCUUCGACGGCUGCUCCAGCUCGGGGAACAAGGAGUUUUACGCCAAGAAAGGCGCCGGGUUCCACGCCUCGGGCAAGAACCACGCGGCGCCGCCGCUGCUGGGCAGGAGCCGAGCGGGGCCGGAGCGGGCCGGGGAGGGGGAGCCGGCGCUGCCCGGAGCCCCGUGGGGGGAUGGCCGGGCCGGGGGCAGCUCGGCCGUGCCCCCUCCCCAUCCCCAUCCCCGCACGCCUCCCCCGGGCUCCAGCCGCCCCCUGCUCCUCCUGCAGCCCGGCCCCUGGGCGCGCUCACGGCCGCUCGGCGCUGAGUUUUCCGUGGACGCGGGGCCGGGACGACCCUCAGAGCCCAGAGAUGCCCCCAAGGAGCCCAAUCCCCCGGCGGUGCUGGCGGACGGGCGCUACCCAGCGGCUCUGGCCAAACCCGAACCCCCCUCGGGCUGUCUGUGCCCCACGCCGGCAUGCCACGGCUGCCCGGGGGUGCCCUUCGAGCCCACCUCGGGGCGCUUUCCGUGCCCGCCCAGCAACCACACCAAGCUGAAGAAGACGUGGCUGACGCGGCACUCGGAGCAGUCGCUGCCCCGCCCCAAAGCCCCGCGCUGGGACGGGGGUCCCGAGCCCCCCGGCGAGGGAAAGCGCUCGGCCAAGCGCCCCCAUGGCCCCGCCGAGGGUCCCCGCACCGCCAGCGAGGGCGCGGCCGCGGCCAAAAGGGGCUCCAAGAGCGCGGGGGACGGCGAGGAGAGGAGGAUGGAGCUGCGGGAGGAAGGGCCGCCGAGCCGCCGGUGCCUGCAGAGCCUGCCCUGCUCGGCGCUGCCCCCCGGCAUCCCCCGGUGCUGGGCCUGCGCCCCCCGCGCCCGCAGGGACCCCCGGGGUGAGGAGGAGGAGGAGGAGGAGGAGGAGGAAGAGCGCCCCGAGAGCAGCUGCAGGCUGCUGCACUUCCGCAGGUUCACCCUUGGGGACAGCGGCGAGCUGAGCGUCGAUGGCCUCUGCGGCCUGGGGGACACCCGGGGGGACGUGGCCGACCCCGACGGGGGUGACAGGAAUGGGGGUGACAGGAAUUGGGGUGUCAGGAACUUGGGGAGCAGCGUCUGCCUGGCCAAGCACCUGCUGGGGGUCCUGGGGGACGCGUUCUGUGCCGCCGUCCGCAGGGACAGGGACGCGUGGCCGGGAGCGCCCGAGGGGCUGACGCGCUGGCGCCGGGGGGAAGGAGCCCCCCAGCUCUGUGACCGCUGCCAGCGCGGCUUCUUCAACUCGCACUGGAGCUGCGCCAGAUGUGGCUUCCAGCUGUGCCCCGAGUGCCACCGCGGCUGGCGGGAGGAGAGCGGCGCUGAGGAUCCGGCGCUGCCACCCGAGUGCACCCCCGGGCGGGAGCACCGCGUGUCAUCGCUGGUGCCCACGCAGUUCGUCCCCACCUGUGUCCUGAGCCGGCUCUGGAAGCUCCUCCACGAGCUCCGGGCCAAGUUCGCCAUCGCCUCCCGCUGUCCGUGCGCCGAGGGGGCGGCGGGGCAGAGCCCGGCGGAGCCCCCGGGCACGCAGGAGCCGCCGGUGCCCGCCGUGCCCGCUGUGCCCAGCCGCGGCCCCGCCGAGCCCGCCCGGCCCGUUAAGGAAGGUAGGGCUGGGGCCGACCGCGACCCCCCGAGCUCCGAGAGCGCCGAGGAGGGGGCGCCACCCGCGCACAGCGCGACCCUGUGCGAGCUGCUGGCGUCCACGGCCGUGAAGCUGUGCCUGGGGCACGACGGCGUGCGCAUGGCGUUCGCUCCCGUGGCACCGGCGCUGCCCAGCGACACCCGCCUGACGAGCCUGCUGGACAGCAUCAUCGCCCGCGUGGUGGAGAGGAAGCUGCAGGAGCGGCGGGCGGGGCCCGAGCUGAGCCCCCCCGGCCCCCCGGAGCCCCCCGGCCCCCACAGCGUGCUGGGCCCCGGCGGGCUGCUCUGGCUGCACCGGCCCGGCCCCGGCGGCGCCUACGGAACCUUCCAGGAGCACUGGAGGCACGGCCGGCCCGUGCUGGUGUCAGGGCUGCAGAAGCGGCUGCAGCCUCGGCUCUGGGCGCCCGAAUCCUUCCAGCCCGCGGGGCAGGAGGAGGACGAGGAGGAGGUGAAGGCCGUGAACCUGCGGGCCCCGCGGAGCCGGGUCCGGAUGAGCCGCCGGAGGUUUUGGGAUGGAUUUGCCGCCAGCACCGCCGAGCGGGAGCAGGGCGGCGGGGACCUGCUGAAGCUGGAGCGUGGCUUUGGGGACACGGAGCUGAGCCGGGCCACCAACCUGCGGGCCAGCCUGCCCCUGCCCGAGUACUGCGGGGCCGGCGGCCGCCUCAACCUGGGCUCCUUCCUGCGGGGCCCGCGGGGCCGGCGCUGGCUGCGGCCGCGACUCUGCGUGUCCUACGCUGUGCCCCCUCAGGAGCAGAACCUGGGCACCAAACCCCUGACGGUGGAAGCGGCCGAUUCCAUCAGCGUCCUGGCACACGCGGUGCCCGCAGCGCGGGAGCCGCUGGUGCCCGCCGAGCUGGCCGAGCUGGAGGCGCCGCUGCGGGAGCGGCUCGGGGCGGGCGCGGUGCCCGGUGCCCUGUGGCACAUCUUCCGCGCCGAGGAUGCCCCGCGGAUCCGGGACUUCCUGCGCAAGGUGGCGCAGGAGCCGGGCCAGGCGGCGGUGGAGCCCCCCGGGACCUCCCUGGAGCCCCCCGGGUUCCACCUGGAGCCCCCCGGGCUGUACCUGGACCCCACCCUGCGGCGGCGGCUGCGGGACGAGUGCGGCGUUUGCGGCUGGAGCCUCCUGCAGCUGCCCGGGGACGCCGUGCUGGUCCCCGCCGGGGCUCCCCACCAGGUGCGGAGCCUGAGCGGCACCAUCAGCGUGGAGCAGCGGUUCCUGUCCCCGGAGAGCGCCGUGCGCCUCCACAGCCUCGGGACCGGCGCCCCGCGGAGCCUCCGCGCCCAGCUGGACGGGAUGAUCCUGGCGGCCGUGCGGGAGGCGCUGGGGGUGCUGCAGGGCUGCCAGUGAGGGCACGGAGCCACCGGAGGGCACCGGGAGCAUCAGGCUCAGCCGGGACACCUCCGGGAGCCUCGGGCAUGGCUGGGACACCGGGAGCCUCGGGAACAACCGGGACACCUCCGGAAGCUUCGGGAAUGGCUGGAACACCUCCGGGAGCUUCGGGAAUGGACGUGACACCGGGAGCCCCGG